AUGGCUAGAAAACGUACUCUAAAUAGCUGUAAUCUUGACUUUAGAAAUAUUAAUAAACAAACUACAAGUUGUGAUGGAGAAUUUGAUGAAUUAAAUCAUGAAAUUUAUCAGUUUAUUAACCAUUGUUUGAAUAUUUCAGAUAAUGAAUUACUUACAUUUGGUUUUAAUGGUAAAAAGUUAGAUAUUAAAGCUACUCAAGAUUUGGAGAAUACAUUAAUACAAUCAGAAUCUGAAAAUUAUGAAUCUAACUUUGUUUAUAACGAAAAUAAUGAAAAUAUAUCAGAUCAUAAUUUAUUAAAUGAUAAAAAUAAUCAAUCUUAUUUAUAUUCAAAGAAUUCUAAUAUAGAAAUCAAAACAAAUAGGAUACUUGAUUGGAAUAAUCAUAUGUUACGUGCUGCUUUUCUUGGAAAUAUUGAACUUUUGGAAUUUUGUAUAACCCAAGGAGCUAAUACCCUAUUUAUUGACAAAGUUGGACGUACAGCAUUACAUUAUGCAGCUGCCUGUGGUUGGUUACCAAUAGUCAAAGUAUUACUAAAAUAUAAAUGUGAUGUUAAUAUGCGUGAUCAAAAAUUUUGGACUCCUCUACAUAUAGCAGUUUCAAAAAAAUUUCCAGAGAUAGUAAAUAUUUUACUUGAAGCAGGUGCAGAUAUUAAUCUUUUAUUACCUCAUACAUGUGCACCUUGUAGGGGUGGGCCUAUUAGUAGUAAAGCAAUACAUUUUGCAGCUAUUAAGGGAAAUUCAACUAUUACAGAUACUUUAAUAAAAUAUGGAUCAUCAAUUAAUGAACAAGAUGAAGAUGGUAAAACUCCAUUACAUUAUGCAUCUUUUAGAAAAAAUAUAUUAUAUAUUAAGUGGUUAAUAUCUAAUGGAGCAGAUGUAAGGAUUAUAGAUAAAAGUGGAAGAGCUCCUUUACAUAUUGCAGCAAUAGCUGGUCAUGUAGAUAUUGCAAAAGAACUUAUAAAUGCUGGUUGUUCUGUAGAUUUAUUAGAUUGUUGGGAUAUGACAGCUUUAUCUUUAGCAGAAAUUAGAGGACAUAUUGAGAUGAUUGAUUUCCUUUCACCAAUUACAUCAAAGAAUAUGCAAUCAAGAUGUUUGAAUUUAGAUACUUUGGAAUCUAUUGUACUUAAAACUAUUAUUACAGGACUUCAGGAACCUAAGACAGGAUUUCUUACAAGAGCAGUAAAAUUACUUGGUCCUCAGGUUUGUUUACAAAUUUUUGAACAGACAAUGAAGAUAGAAAAUAAUGGUGGACUUUGGACAAUUGAUGGUUCUCGUAAAAAGACAAUGGGUGGAAUUUUUUGUUUUCUUUUAAAAAAUAUGGCUUGUAAUAAUCAAAUUUCUAAAAAAGAUUGGGACUAUAUUUGUCAAGAAGAAAAAGAAAGGAUUAAUGCAAAAAAUAUUCGUAAGAGAAACUCCAGAAAAUUGCAAAGUAUUUAA